CUCGCAUUAACUUCUUGUGAAAACGUUUUACUGAUAUUUGAAUAGGAGCCACUUGCUUGGGUAUAUAAUGGGCACAAAACGCAAAAAUAUGGAAGACGAAAUGUCCAGAUUCGAGGCGGAAAUCUCAAAAGCAACUGGUCCCUCCAGCAGCGCGUCCUCAAAUCCAUUUAUCCCUUCGCAAGUACGCACCGUUAUUGGCUCACAAACCUACAAUCAGGUGCAGCAAAAGCUGGCCACCGUUCCGAACCGUAUACCGCCUCCUCCGGUACCGCCGUUCCUACCAACAUACUCGACACCCAUGCCCCAGCAGCAUGCCGCCCCGGAGAAGUCCUACUCCACUGAGCCUACGCCGGCGGUCGUGAGCAGCGCCCCAAAGUUAUACAAUGCACGACCAACGGUUGGCACGUUGCCAAAGGUGGAUACUCCGGCAGCCAGUAGUUCCAUAGGUCCCACCAUUUCCUCCACUCCGGUACAAUCGUAUGACAUUGCAAACAUACAGUUUGAAGUGACCACUAAAAUUAAGAAACAGAAAACGGAAAAGUCGGGCCCGAAUCCGAUUGCUGAAGAAGCUAUCAAGGCGGCCCGAGCAUCAUCGGCUUUGCAGUCGUUUGGAAAUUCUGAUCGCAGGGGAAAGAAGGACCGCAAGACGGUGCGCGUGGCUGGCGGUCAGACGUGGGAGGAUCAAUCUCUUGGGGACUGGCCGGAUGACGAUUUCCGGAUCUUCUGCGGUGAUUUGGGCAACGAUGUGAAUGAUGAACUGUUGACACGUACCUUCAACAAGUUUCCCUCGUUCCAGCGGGCCAAAGUGAUUCGCGACAAGCGUACGAGCAAAAGCAAAGGCUAUGGAUUUGUUAGCUUUAAAGAUCCCCAGGAUUUCAUUCGGGCAAUGAAGGAGAUGGAUGGUCGUUACGUCGGAAGCCGUCCCAUCAAGCUACGUAAAAGCACUUGGAAAAAUCGGAGCAUCGAAGCGGUUCGGAAGAAGGACAAAGAGAAACAAGCCAUGCUUAGUCUAUUCACUCAAAACUAGUUCUUCUUAAGGUAAUUCAAUGUGGUUUGGAGGUGUGUCUUUUCCUAUGAAUCAGUAGUAGGUAAGUAUCAACCAAUGGUUAACAAUUUAGCAUUUCAUUUUCUCACUACUUGUAUUCAUUUUUUCAAUAUAACAA